CUCCGCCCUGCGUCCCACGAUGCUCCGCCAGCUCGAGCAACUCUCCUCAAAGCGCGCAUACUCCACCCUUCGACAAUCAGCGCAAUUGACUUCGAGACCAACAUGGGCAGUACAGAGAGCAGCAUUUCAGACUUCUGCUGCGAGGAGGAUUCUGCCGCCCAUGCCACAGGUCAUUAAAGGAACCGUGAACGAUCCGACCAGAGUGCCUGAGUCGCACCCGAGCCAUGGAAGCUAUCACUGGACUGCUGAGAGACUCGUCUCCGUGGGCUUAAUUCCAAUGACGAUUAUGCCUUUCGCAGUUGGAUCACUUAACCCGUUGCUUGACGGCACUUUGAUCGGCUUGAUUAUUCUGCAUACAUACAUUGGCUUCCAAUCCGUCAUCACCGAUUACAUCCCAACAUGGCGAGCACCCGGCUGGAGAAAAGCUUUUGACUGGUUGAAUGUGCUCGCUGUCGGCAUUGUCGGCUGGGGCUGGUACGAAUUUGAGACCAACGAUGUCGGGUUGACUGCCGCCGUAGCACGAAUCUGGAGAGCGGGCGCCAAUGCCAAGCAGGCGGCUAAGGAGGCGGAAGAGGCGCUCUCGUAGAUGCAGAAGAGCUGAAAGGGGUGGGGAUAAGAGCUGCUGCUAUCCGUACGCGGAGCAGGAAGAGGAGCGGGUGUGUGUUUCAAGAUACAUGUGUAUAUUUGGAUGGGAUGCGGGAAACUACGCAUGGAGUCAUCAUAUACAUGGUCAAAUCACGUUCGAAUGAU